UGCAUGGAACGGUUUGUGGAUGAGGCCUAUGUGAAACCAUCCAUCACCGCUGACGGGAGUUUGCAUUUCCCGAAUGACUUUUUCAAUAGGGUCUGCGGAUAUUUCAUCAACGGCAGUGUUUGUUAUGAAUUAGCGACAUCAGAUGAGUGCGAGCCGAGUUUUCGCCCAAACAACAUCAUCAAGAAUUUUAAUAAUCUAUCCAUCAAAUUUUGUCGAAAUACAGACGCCUUGAACACUCUUGUCCCCUGCUUGAAUGAUAAAGAAUCCUUUGAAGCAUACAUGCGCGCAAUCCAAUAUGAGGGCAGCGAACAAGAGAGCACUUGCAAUGUAGCCAAGGAACAAAUACGGCGUAUAUUGCGACUCGUCAAAGACAGAUGUGGUGAAGAGGAGUAUAUCAGUCUGAAAACAGUGAUGGCGGACAUUGGGGAGGACCUGCCCACCUUGUUUCUCGAAACUGAUGAUCCAAGCUGUAGUAUUGACGUCAGCACCCUUACCCCCGACAGACGUAGGCGGGGCGUGGCCAGUUCGGCUAUCAAGGGAGAUUGAUUUAUGGAUGUCG